ACAGCAUUGGUUCUUUCUGCUGAAAAAAAUGGACGCAGAAAAUAUGUUGGAUAUGCAAGUUCUAUAAAUAAUUACUAAAUAUAGUUUUAAUAAUGUGAAAAAUCGAGGAAAAUGAGCGGAAGUCAUUCAAGAAACAACAGCGGAGCCGGCUAUAGAGGCCAAGCACCCAUCACAAUGCCCAUACCAAGCAUUGAGGAAAAAAACAAGCAAAUGCAACAGGAGACGCUUAUGGAAAAGCUACGUGCCAAGUACCGCAACAAGCCAAAGAGCUACGAGGAUAUCAAGAAAUCUGUGCGCAUGUACUUCAUAGAAAAGCACUAUCCGCUGGACCCGCUUUGCAAGGCAGCGCUACAGUCGGCAUUAGACAAGCUGCAGCACUACAUCAAAGUAACAUCCCGACACGGUCUUGUGGAGCGUUUGGAGAGUCUGUCUCGCCAGCUGGGUCUCAAAUUCAUGGAAGAUCAGCAAAUGCUAUUCAUUUCAACAGACAUGUUCUACGUGGAGAUCCUGCUUGAUGCCAGUGGAAACCUUAGUGAUGUCAAGGUCCACCACGAGUGUAAAAUUGAGCAGCAAUCUAAUUCGAGUGCCAGUUCCUCAGAGUUGCUUAAUUGCCUGAAGGCAGGCGACUUCGCAGACUUUACAGUCCAGCUGGAGGGCCUAUCGUCCAUUUACCAACUGAACGCCGAGCCGAAAGUCAAGAAAAAAGCCUUUGUAGCGCUACAGGCCAUGGAAACGGACAUUUUCAGCCUCUAUCAGCACCAGCUGCAGCAACAACUUAGCAGCAGCAGUGACAGUUACUACAUCAUGAAUAACUCAUCGGUGGGCUUGGUCCUACCGCGUCGCGGAGGACAUCCCAUGAAGCUGACCUACUUCUGUCCGCCUCUUCACCUCAUCGAGAAAAAGGUGAAAGGCGAGAAUGUGCCCACUUCCAGUGGAACUGCAAGCAAGGACUUAAGCAUUGAGCAGGUCAUAAAAAGCCCCAACGGACUCAGCGCCACGCUAAAUCUCGAAGCCUCGUCUGCUAACAAGCUGCAAAUUCUGCCUAUUGUCAGUUGCAGUAGUGAGUCUGGGCUGCCUCUAGAGCAACCCGUCUAUGCGCCGCUCACGCAGAACAAUUCAAUGCUGAUGCCGGCUACCUAUGUUCUGCGUCUCAGUAAACCCAUGCCCGUCUGCAUAGAGUCACUGCGAGCUUUGGGUCUCCCUGGCCUUUCAAACGUAGCAAACGAGGAAGCUACGACAGUAAUGAAUCUAAUUGUGCAAACGGCCUCAAGGCACUUAAUAAAGAACACCCAGAAAGGCUUGUAUGUGAAUCUUCCGAAGGAGACGCACUGCUACUUCUUCACAGACAACCGCAGGCUGAAGGGCACUCUGAUAUCGUCGCUGCCAUUCACGGAGCCUGCGCAGGUACUUAAAAUAAUUGCGUUCCUCAAGAAGCAGGCGCUCUUCUACACGCUCCUCUCCAGCUGCGUCAGGGAGCAACAGAAACAAUACAAUGACAUGGACAGCACGGUCAUUUUGGAAGUAACUGCUGUUUCGCUCAGUCAGAUCACAGUGGAAUUGCAGCAUCCGUACGAGGAGUCGCUCGCCACGGUUGAUUUUCUGCUGGAGGACGGCCAGGCAACUUGCACCAUUUACUGCCUGAGCAAUGAGUAUGAAGAGCUCUCCCAGAAGCUUACUAGAACAGUGCGUCAGGUGCUCUCAAUUCCGAUGGUUAUAUAUAAGUUGCUUAAGUGCUGGGAUGAGGAGCAUGAGCAAAAGCUGCAUGGCAGUUUGGCCCCUGGAGCUGGCACAGGGAGUGGAACAGCGGGUGGACUAGGCAGGAAAGGAGGAGGUGGAGUUGGAGGUGGAAGUGGCGGAAUGCAUGGAACAAGUAACUUCGGACAGUUCGCAAUUGAAGCAGCAGGAGAGGGCGGGAUCGGAACUAGCGGCGGAUUCAGUAGCCUUUCCAAUCUUAAAAUUGACUCCAAGGUUCGUUCCCUAGCUGAUGCAUUCGCUGCAUCUACUUCGGCUGCUGCGGCCAUUGCGGGCCUCAUGAGUUUGAAGCGUGAAACCGAUCCUCAAUCAACUGGAGCAAAUAGCUCUGUUCUCCCCUCCUGCUCUGGCUUGGAGUCCAAGGCCAGCGACCAUGAGAUCGCCGACAAGUACAAAAAUAUUUGGAAAGAUAAAACGCCCAACCUGAAGCACUGCGUCAGCAUCACUCCCAUUGCUGGCGAUGGAAAAUCGCCGCUGCAGCAACAGGUGGACGUGCAGCGUACGGGCGGAAUUGAAAUCAUCCCACUGAAUGCGCCAGCCAAUGUGGGCAGCUCUCCGAGCACGGGGUCUCCGGCUACAACAAUCACCAUCACACCCAUCACUGGAGGUGGCAAAGAGACGAGCAAAGAGGCAAAAAAGCCAAUUUCCAGUGGAAAUGCUACUAAACGGCCUCAUGAGGUCACCUCCUCUUCGAACCCGAACAGUAGCACUUGCGGUAGCACCUCCAGCGAUGCGCAGAAGGAAAAGAAACGCAAGAAGAAGCGAGAUGACUCGCCCAUGGGGCCUCCUGAGAAGGUAUAUUCACGGCAGAACUCGCCUGCGGCUGGCGGGAUGGUGGAUUCUUCGGCAGGAAGCGGCGUUGUGCGCAAGUUUUCGUCGCCCUCUACUUCGUCAUCAUCCUCGCCCAAGGGAGGGAGCGCUGCAGCUGCAGCGGCUCUGGGUCUGAUGGCCGGCCAACCGUCGGCACGUCCCAGUCCGAAGCACUCUCCUGUGUACAGCAGCCCAAAGCACAACAGCAGCAGUAACACUGCCUCGAAUAGCCCCAAAUCGCCAUUCGGCACCCUCUCGCCCAAGCAUGGGUCCUCCGGCAAACCGAGCAUGUCCACUCUCAAAAGUGCAACAGCGGCCACCAGUCUCAGUCUCAGUCCAAAGGGCGAGAAGUCCAUGACAACAGGCGCCGGAAGUGGUUCCAGCUCUACUCACGCCAUUCCUUUGGCUGCUGCUGGUUCUGGCUUGGGGUCCAGUGGUAAUCCUUCCAUGCUGCGGCCCGUGCCACCGCUGGCUAGCAGCAGCCAGUUGCCUGCUGCUAUAAAAAAAGACAAAUCCAUCGCCAGUAGUUCCACAUCUGUUGCUCCACCGGGAGUCGCGGCUGCAGUAGCUGCGCUGAAGAGCUCCCAGCAGCAACAGCAGCAGCAGCAGCAGCAACAGCAACAACUGAAGUCAUCUGUGGCCAGCUUAUCGCAUCUAGCCGCAGGUGGAAAUCUGGGCAGCUAUGGGGCUCCAGCCGUGGCCGCCUUGGAGCUGAAUGCACUACGCAAGGGAAUGGCGGGAGCGGGAGUGGGAUCGGGAUUGGGCGCAGCUGCGGGAGCGGUAGGUGCGGUUAGUUCGAUGACGUCGACAGCAGCUUCGACGGCAACCAUCCAAACCACAACAGCAGCGGAUUCAUCGGGCACCGCAACAGCAGUGGUGGAAGCGGGAGCGGCACUGGGAGCAGCACAUGCAACAACAACAACAGCAGCAGCAACAACAACAACACAGCAGCAGCAGCCGCAGCGAGCAGUGCCACAUAGUACCGACAAUUCUAGUUGUACGAGCGGCAGCUCCACUACGGGAGCAGUCUCUGGCCUCUCCACGGGAUACAUGGUGAAGCCAAGCAGCCAGGAAGGCCUUAAACUGACCAUCAAUAAAACGAGUAGCGGGAAGAGAGAAAGCAAAGGCGGAGCAGCUGGGUCAUCCGCGACCUCGACUUCGUCGUCCUCCACUAGCAGCAAGAAGCAACACACGGGCUUAAAGCCAGGCGUCAACAGCGGACCAGCCUCGAAGAAGGCGCUUUCAUCGGCUUCCAGUACAGGGGCAAGCAGUUCCAGUUCGAGCAAACAUCUCUUUCAGAAGGCGAACUCCUCUGGGAAUCUGAGCAGCAAACUUUGCGGCUCCUCGUCUUUAGGCAGUGGUUUGCCUUUAACAAAGAGCAACAGCACCAACUCCUUCCAGGAGCAUAGUGUGCCUAAGCGCCGGCCCAGUAUGUGUAGUCCGGGAACUAGUGGAGGCGGUGGAGGUGGAUCGCAGCGCAAGUCAUCAUUAACGGGCCAUGGAUCAGGAUUGGGACCGGGAGGGGGAGCUGGUAGAAUGUCACCAGCAGCGUUGAGCGGGUCGAUGUCACAGCCACCGCCGCGCUUCGAUCACCACACAGACAUGAUGACCAUUCUACAAUACGCCUCGCCCACCAUGGCAGCCAGCAUGGAGGGCUUCAUCAAGGGACUGCACAACAAGUUUCAGAUACCCAAAUUGUCUCAGCGGCCAAGUGGCAACAAUGGCGGAGCUGGACAGACUACCAGCACCACAGAUCCAUCGUUAGCAGCAGGAACAGCAGCUUCGUCUUCCUCCUCAGCCUCCUCGCUGGAGCAGCAACAGCAGCAGCAGCAGCUUAACGUGGAUUUAAAUGCCUUAGCAACCAGCCUGACGACUACAUCGAAUAGCAGCAGUGGAGGGCAGAAGCCAUCGACAGCUUCCUCUGCAACGAGCGAUAUGCUGCUCAACCUGACAAGCACUGGCACAAUAGGAUCAGGUGAUGGCAUCGACGAGGAGCUGCUCGCCAGCUUGGCAGGCGAAUGACAGCUCGAGAUGGUUCAACCACUCUUUGCAAUCCCAACUUAGUUCAAAUAAUGUGUUAAAGGCCUUUGGCUGUACUCUGACAACGAGCUGUUCUUUAAUAGUUUUAAGUGUUAGUAUGAUGGGCUUAUCAAGUGGCUGCCUUAACUCAAAUGAAUGCUGUAUUAUCUUAUGUACUUUCUUAAUUUAUAUAGUCAUGAUAAAUAUAUGAUGCUUUGGAACGUUAGUAGUCAGCAAAAUAAAUUUGUAUGAAUGCUCUAGACUGCGAUUGAGAAAAUGUGUAAACAAAUGUAGGGGUUAUCUGAUGCGGUUUGCAGUUCGACGCUGGAGGCUUGUGGGUUUGAGCUCUCAACGAACAACAUAGGCGCGUCAGAAACCUGAGAAGC